AUGACAAUCGCAUAUUUACGGAGUCACAACUUCAAGGUGACCCAUCACAUUACAUCUAAUCUACUAUGGGUCACCUUGGUGUUCGGUAUGAGCGUCUUCACCUUCGGGUAUGAAGGCUCAACGCUCAACACUAUCCAGGCAAUGACGCCAUUCGAAAAAAGAUUUGGAGACUACAUCCCGGCGAAAAAGGCAUUCGGUUUCACUUCGAAUAAGCUGGCAUACAUGAACUCUUUCCCUCUCAUCGUCUAUGCCGUCGGCGUAAUCAUCGGUGCUCAAAUCGGCGAGCGGUGGGGCCGGCGACUGGUCUUCAUCCUAACCAACAUUGUCUGCCUGGCUGGCACGAUCACGGUAUACACGGCAAAGAACUACGAACAGCUUCUCGCGGGUCGAAUGAUCGUGAACUUUCAUGUCGGCAUGGAGGCUUUCCUGAUUCCGAUGUUCCAGGCCGAGAUCGCACCUGCCGCAGUGCGUGGUUCUCUGACGGCCAUCUAUGGAGUCAAUGGUGUGUUUGCCGCAUUCAUCGCGUCGAUAAUCACCAACUUUACCAGCCACCUCAACGAUGACCGCUGCUGGAAGAUCCCUGUUGGCAUCGGCUUCUUGUUUCCCGCGUUUUCGUUGUUUUUCUGGGUCUUGAUCCCCGAGUCUCCCAGAUGGCUCCUGCGGAAGGGCGAAUAUCAGAAGGCUGUUGAGAAUCUCGACUACCUCUUUGGAGCCAUGCCAGGAUAUGACGCCGAAAAGGAGGCCAAGCUUUUGCAGGAAGCCCUGAACUCCAGCGACACGAAGGGAAGGUGGAAGGACCUCGUUAAGGGAACCAACCUGCGGCGAACCGUGAACGGAUUGACGGCUGCCGCGUUGGCUUCGCUGUCAGGUGCAUCAUUCUCGAAUCUUUACGGAACCAUCUUCUUGAAGAGUCUGAAAAUUGUCGACCCUUUCAUGAUGACCAUGGUAAAAAGAGCUCUUUUGCUCGGCACUGCCAUUACCUUCAUGUUCAUCAUUGAUCGGGUUGGCCGUCGGCGCCUCUUCCUCCAGAUGGGCUUUGUUCAAACCGCCGUGCUGAUGGUGAUGGGUGGGUUGGGCACUAUCGCUCAUCCUACCUUGGACAUCAACAAGGGCAUUGUUGCGCUCACCGUCAUGUUCCCAAUCUUCCAUUUCGUCUCAUUCGGCGGCCCAUUGCAAUUGACGAAAACUGAGAUUCCGCAUGUCACUCUCAGAGACAAGUCCGUCAUGCUGUUUUGGCUCACAGCAAACCUCUGCAAUUUCAUCGCUUCAUUCACUCUGCCCUAUCUGCUGCAAGAACCGGCAAAUCUUGGCUCCAGAGUUGGUCUAAUAUACGGAUCCAUCUCAGCCAUGGGUUUGGUAUGGGGAUACCUCUGCAUGCCUGAAAUGGCCAAGAAGUCUCUUGAGGAGAUUGACGAAAUGUUCGCCGCAGGUGUACCAGCCUGGAAAUCAAGACACUGGAGAGGCGAGCAAGCCGCCAAGAUCACCGAUCUCGAGAAUCACGGAGUAUCCAGCGACAGCUCCAGUGAACGGAGUAUCGAGAAGCCUGAGCUGGAACCUGUGGUUAUUGAAAAACCUUCAAAAAGCUGA